UUUUCCCCACCGUCCGAGUUACAAAAGUAGCUUUACUUCACAACACAGUGUUUUGUAGAAACUUAUCGUAUAGCUAAGUAGCAUAGAGUCGCGCUUUUUGGGGCAUAUUUGGACAUUUCUCGGUGUUAGCUGGCUAAGGUUAGCGCGUUAGCUAUCGUUAGCAACAUGAAUAUUGACAAUGUUAACCAGUCUGUAACAACCGGAGUGUCAUCAACGACGUCCUCAACUUCGAGCAAUUGUAUCGCGAAUGAUAAUACAACAACCAACGUCAGCAGCAUCCCUUCGGUCACGAGUAAUGCUUCAGCCUCAGCGGCCAUGGUGACACCAUCAGCAGACACAUCUGUCUCCAACGGCGUCUAUGUUCCUGGAAGCAUCACCAAUGGAGAUGUAAAGCCUGCCGUCUCCACCACACCCUUGGCAGAUUUUCUCAUGCAGCUGGAAGACUACACUCCCACAAUUCCUGAUGCAGUUACAGGCUACUACCUCAACCGGGCUGGCUUUGAGGCCUCUGAUCCGAGAAUAAUCCGCCUGAUCUCCCUUGCUUCUCAGAAGUUUAUCUCAGACAUUGCCAAUGAUGCUCUGCAGUACUGUAAAAUGAAGGGCACUGCCUCAGGAAGCUCAAGGAGUAAGACAAAGGAUAAGAAGUACACUCUAACUAUGGAGGACCUGACCCCUGCCCUUACAGAAUAUGGCAUCAAUGUCAAGAAACCAUAUUACUUUACAUAGAAUUGUCUUUUCUUUAAGGCUUGUUGCUUUUGCGAGUUUUAUCUCCCUGCUGACCCACUAGAGUCUGUUGACACCUUUAUUGCUAAAUGUUUUUUGUUUUUGUUUUUUUUUGAUCAUGGUGCUUUAGUACAGCUUUGACAAAUCUUUGUAGUCUCUUUGACAUUUGUUAUAUUUUGUGGAGCCACCUUUGCAUUCUGUUUAAAUUGUAAAUUACGUUUUAUUGUGAAAAUAAAACCCUUACCAAAAUU